ACAAAACCCCGCUCGAUCGCUCCCCCCAUCCCCAGCCAUUCUCCGGCGAACCCGCCCCGUCCGCCGUGCUUCGGUAGAUAGAUGGAGGCCCUGGCGGAGACGGGGAGCGGCGGCCAUCUGGUGCCUCUCCUCGACGGCGGCGGCGGCGGCGGCCUGGACGCGGCCCUCCUCCGCCGCCUCUACGCCGGUCACUUCCUCGCCAGAUGGGGCGCACGCAUGUGGGAGUUCUCGGUGGGGCUGUACAUGAUCCGCGUCUGGCCGGGCUCGCUGCUCUUCGCCGCCGUCUACGGCGUCGUCGAGUCCGCCUCCGUCGCCGUCUUCGGCCCCAUGGUCGGCACCCUGGUCGACAGCCUCACGUACCUCCAGUUUUUGGGCCUGUGGCUGCUAGUUCAAAGCUUAUCCUUCAUCGUUGCUGGAGUCUCGGUAACCGCGCUGCUGGUCUACGAUGACCUGAAAGUGACGAGCUUCCCCGUCUUCGUGGCUCUAGUCGUGGUCACCAACGUGUCAGGCGCGCUCGCGGCGCUCUCGACUCUCGCCGGAACCAUACUGAUCGAGAGAGAAUGGGUGGUGGUGAUGUGCGGCGGGCAUCCGCCGGCGGCGCUGACCCGAACCAACUCGGCGAUCCGGAGGAUCGACCUGAGCUGCAAGCUUCUGGCGCCGGUGCUGUCGGGGUUCGUGAUCAGCUUCGUGUCCACGCAGGCCUCUGCGGUGGCGCUGGCGCUGUGGAACGUCGCCUCGGUGUGGCUGGUGUACUGGCUCUUCGUGUCGGUGUACAACAGCGUGCCCGCUCUCGGCGCCAACAGCCUGGCAAGGGACGCGGCGGCCUCGGCGCCGGAGGCCGACGAGGCGGUGCAGGGUUACUCCCAGGACGCGUCGUCAGAUUGGAGCGAGAGACUGACGGCGCGGCUCUCCGUCCUGCCCUGCUGGGAGUCCUGGGCCGUGUACGCGAGGCAGGAGGUGGUGCUGCCGGGUGUUGCUCUCGCCAUACUCUACUUCUCCGUGCUAAGCUUUGGCACGCUGAUGACGGCGACGCUGGACUGGGAGGGCAUCCCGGCGUACGUGACCAGCCUGGCCCGGGGGUUCAGCGCCAUGGUGGGCAUCGCGGCGACGGUGGUGUACCCGGCCGCGCACGCGCGGCUGUCCACGCUCCGGACGGGGCUCUGGUCCAUCUGGACGCAGUGGUGCUGCCUGCUGCUCUGCGUCGGCUCCGUCUGGGUGGGCGGCCGCGUGGCGUCGGCGUGGGUGCUCAUGGCCGGCGUUGCCGCCUCGCGCCUCGGCCUCUGGAUGUUCGACCUGGCCGUCACGCAGUUGAUGCAGGACGGCGUGCCCGACGCGGACCGGUGCGCCGUCGGAGGCGUCCAGAGCUCGCUGCAGUCCGUGUUCGACCUGCUCACCUACGUCAUGGGCAUCAUCAUCUCCGACCCCAGGGAUUUCGGCGAGCUCAUCGCGCUCUCCUUCUUGCUGGUGACCUGCGCUGCGGCCAUGUACACGCUGCACGUGUACCGCGUACGCAAGCACCUGUUCCACCUUGACAAGAUCUUCGCCAAGAUGCAAUAGUCAUGAUCUUUGCUUCUCGUGGGUGGGCGUUAGCGUUGACUAUGCUCAUUCUAACUAUGCAGAGGUUGGGUGUGUACUCAUUAUAAUUAUAUCACUCGAUGCUACAGUAUGAAUCGAUAAAAGACGCCUGAAAAAAAGAAAAGAAAGUGAGAACAUGCGUGUGCAUGACUCUAGGAUUUGUAGUUUUGUAGUAGUAUAUGAACACCAUGGUUGAGAGUGCAUUUUCUAUCAUGCACGGUACAUACCGUGCAUUGUCUACAGGGUGGGAAAGCUGGGAAAGCUAUCAUACUAGUGUACUAAUCACCUGCUGUACGUCUCACUUCUGUCAUAUGGUCAGUUUGUAUGUCAGCCUU